AUGUCAAUUCGAUUCAAAUUCAGAAGCUCCGUGAACUUUGACUUGAUCGACAUCGAAGGUCGACCCUCAAUCUCAGUCCGUGACCUGAAGUCCAAGAUCGUUCGCCAGAAGAAGCUCAACAUAUCUCAAGACUUGGAUCUCGUCUUCUCCGAUGCCCUCACCGGUCAAGAGUACGAUGACAAGAAUUUUCUAAUUCCGAGUGGCUCAAGCAUAAUUAUUAAGAGAGUUCCAGCUGGGACGGUGCCUUCAGCUUUAGCUCCCAUUGAUACAGUUGAGAAUUUUGGGAUGAACGACUCCAAUCUUUUUAACCCAAUGAGUGGACAAAUGGACGAUUUUGAGGACUUUGGGGUUGAUUUGUGUCCUGUUCCUGAGGCAGCCUUACCUGAUUCUGAUUUGGAGUUUGAUAGGAUCUGCAUGAGCAAUGAGAUGGCAAAAAUUGCAGUAGCAAGUUUAGGAUGCCAAAAGCUUCAAGUAAGUGACCUGAGUGAGGCUAUCCCAAGAGGUUCUGAUCAUAGUAAGGCAGAAGAAAAUAUUGCACAAAAACCAAAAGCUGAAGAGCAUAUGAAUUUGGAAAAAAUGCCAAGGGUGGUUAGUGCAAAUUCUCUUGCUCUACAGAAUGUUGAUUUGCCAUCAGAACUGAAAUGCUCUCUUUGCAACACUUUUUUCAAGGAGGCUGUGAUGAUACCAUGCUGCCAGCAUAGCUUUUGUGAAAAGUGCAUUUGUCUUGUGCUCAUUGAGAAGGCAAGGUGUCCAAAGUGUUCUUCUAGCAAAUGCAGAGUAGAAGAUCUGCUACCAAAUUUAUCUCUUAGGCAAGCAAUUGAGCAUUUCCUUGAAUCUCAAAUGCUCAUUGCUGUUUCUGACAAUGAUUUGCACAAAUAUGCCUCAGAUGGAGAAUCUGGAAUUCAAGCUAAAGAUGUUUCUUGUGCUGUAACUAUUGUUCGAAGGGAGCCAAACUUGCCUCAUUCUCCCUCUGCAACAGAUAAAGGAUCCAACCAAAUUAUGGCUGAAUCUGUUUAUGAAUCAUUGAACAGGAGAAAUACAUCCUUAGGGGGCUCCAGUUAUCAAAUGGGUAACCGAAGUGGAGCUGACUCAACCAUCAAGAAAAAGGCGGGAAUGUGGCUUGAGACUGGAGGUGGAGACAGAAGUUUCAUGUAUGCUGGUAGACACAAAAGGGGGGACCGUACCUGUUAUAUGUGUGGUUCUCCAGACCAUUUCAUAAGAGACUGCCCUCUUGCUUCCAGUCCACAUCCUAUACUCCAUACAGGAAAUGCCAUGUUUCCUGGAGGCAUGCCAGGUUAUGCAUCACCCUAUUGGAAUGGCACCGCAAUGUCCCCCAUGAGGCCUUUCACAAAUAUGUAUGGCAACCCCGGGAUGAUGCCCUUCAAUGCCACCAUGGUCCCUGUUACUCCUUUUGCAGUUCCUCCAUAUGUUCCGUCUAUGUAUGGUGGCUUACCUCCCCCGGGUGGAAUUACGAGAAUGGGAAGCAUGGGGCCUCUUGUCGGAAAUAUAGCUCAACGCCCUUUUGGCCAUUCAGAGUUUUUGGAGGUUCAGGAUUUUGAAAAUAGAGGGAAGCUUUCAAACGAGAAUCUGUGGAGAGAACAAUUUCGUGAUGAUGAAGAUGAUGUUUUUCAGAAGCGCUGCGAUUAUAAUGAUGCUGAAAGAUCAAAUGAUUACAAAUCUCAUACAGAGAAGGAAAAGAGUGUGAGCUACUCUGAGGACAGCUUUACGCGAAGAUCACGAAGGAAACAUCAACAUGACAAAGAUUUAGAUCAUGGCAUCCCCUCUGUUGGAGAAAGGCAUGAGAAAAGUUCUCGUUCCUCGAAUGCUGGAAGGGAUCGGAGGGCAUAUCACUCAGAAAGAUCAAAUUCAGGUGUAGACGAUAUGCCUAAUAGUUCUGACAGGCAUAAUAAAGAGAGACAUAAACACCAUCAUACAAACUCCAAAGAGCACCAGGAGAAAAGGGGGCAGUGUGGCAGUGAUUCUAGCUGGUGUCACCGUCAAACAAAAAAAGAUGUUAAAAACAGGGGGGAUCAGUAUGGCGCCAAAGCUUCUCACCAGAAUCGUCACAGCUACUCAGAAUCUGGUCUCGAACCAAAUUCUUCAGACGAACAGGAAAGGCGAUAUAAAGAGAAAGAUUCAGGUCAUGGCUCCAGACAUUCUAGGCGAAGUGUAAGGCCUAGAAGUGAUGAGCUGUGUAAUGACAGGUGGCAGAUGUUCAGUGGCUCCAACGAGGACUACAGGGAAGGUCAUCAUCACCAUAAGCGGAAGAGACAUCACUAAAACAAGAAAAUGACAUGUCAUCUGAGGUAAACAUGUAAAUGGGGCCAUACAUAUCAACUAAGGUGAUCUAUCUGAUAUACUUUCCUUUCAAGUAGGUAACUUGUAGCAACUGGGUUUUGGUUUAAGGUUUUGUUUAUCAUCCUUUAUCUACAUAUAAAUGAUGGAUUUAGUAUUUGUCUAUACAACUUUUAUGCACACUCAUAGGCAUGUUAGGAUCUAAUCUACAAUCUUUGUUGGCUUUGUUGAUACAGAUCUAUUAGAGUGGUCGGCUUUUGGACAGUAACAUCAUGGUUAACCUUUGUUAAUAUUUGCUAACUAACUCUCUUCACUUCUUUAGCGUGAGGUGUGGAUGCUAGCAAAAAGUUUUAUCCAGAGGAGCUCUGGAUAAUUUAAAAUAGGGUUUGGCUGAUUUUAUGUGCUGCCCAAACAUCUUUUAGCACAGAGGUAUUGAAGCUGAUGGAGGUAUGUUCUUUUUAAAAAUCUAAAUGC